AUGUCCCUCUUCGCUACCGGUGUAACCGUAGUAACCUCCUUGGAUGACCACGGGGAACCCCAUUCGAUGACCGCUAAUUCCUUCACAUCAGUUUGUCUGGACCCCCCCACUGUGCUCAUUUGCGUUGCCCAUGGCACUCAUACUUACGGCUACGUCGAAAAGAACAGGCGUUUCGGUGUGAACAUACUAGGCGAUAAUCAAGAGGAACUGGGAGUUUACUUUGCCAAGCGUCCAGAGGACCGGCAAGAAGGAACCGAGUACCAUUACACAUUAGCGGAGGGCGAAAUCCCGAUGCUCGAGGAUUCUAUGGUGUUUUUUGGCUGCGAAGUCGUAGGUGCCCAUGUUUAUGGCGACCACACCGUUUAUAUGGGUGAGGUGAAAGAAGUGAUUCGCAACGAAGAACACAAUCCUCUGAUGUUUUACAAAAGCCGUUGGUACCAUCCCACCGAUCGGAUGGAAUAG